UCUGGCCUCUGAGCUUUACGGAGCACCUGAAGGCAGCGCAGCUCCGGGGACGGUCCUCGUUGCUCUUGAACGCAGCGCGUCGCCUUCGAGGCAGCAGAAGAGACAAACCUGCGUCCCGGACUGAGGCGACGCGGCGCGGACCCGGGGACAAGAUCCUGGUUUAUUAACGCGGGGGUUCAUCCUCGGUGUCCGGGCAGGCGGCAAUGACGAGCCUCCAGCUGAGCGCAAAGGAGGAGCUGGUGGAGAAGUUUCUGGACGCUGCGGCCAGAGGAGAUCUGACCCAGGUGGCCGCGCUGCUGUCCCGAGUCCCCUCGCUCGUCAACCGGACGGGAUGCAGCGGCUGGACGGCGCUGAUGCUCGCCGCUCGCAACGGACACUACGGUGUGGCGGAGGCGCUGCUGUCACACGGCUGUGACAAGUACUCCGUGAACAAUUCGUCACAGACCGCCUACGAUGUCGCCAAGUUCUGGGGCCACGGACACAUCGCCAACCUGCUGGGCCGGACUGACGACGGCUGCCAGCGAGUCCUGCCGGGCUCCGACCUCAGCCAGCAGGAAAACUACUUCAGCAGGGAGACGCUGGACCGGCUGAGCGGGAAGAGGACGGACAAGGUGUGGUUGGAGGCCAGACAGAGUGACCCGGACACAGUCUACCUCCUGUUCUCCAACCUCAGCCCCAUGGUCAGCAGCUCCCAGGAGGACGACAGCACAGGGGCUGAGACCGAGCUGUGUCGGUUCAGAUAUGAGGCGGUUAAAGACCUUCUCCAGAAACCUGCGACUGUGCUCAUAUUCCUAGGAGUGGACAAGAGGGAAAAAGCCUCCUCCACCACCUCCUCUCAGACAGAGGAGGGUGUUCAGGGGGCUCCCGCUUGGUUUGCCAUUGGCACAGAUGAAGAUGCAGCUGAACUUCUGAAACGCUGUAAAGAGAAGAACUGCUCCUUCCCGAAGACGCCCAACAGAGACCUGCUGAAAUUCAACGAGCAAGAGGCCGGAGUGGUGGCUCAGGCUCGAUCGGUGUUGGCCUGGCACAGCCGCUACAGCUUCUGUCCGACGUGUGGCAGCAGCACCAAGCUGGAGGAGGGAGGGUACAAGAGGAGCUGCCUGAACUCCGACUGCAGAAGCCUGCGGGGCGUUCACAACACCAGCUACCCACGAGUCGACCCAGUGGUCAUCAUGCUGGUGAUCCACCCUGAUGGAAACCAGUGUUUAUUGGGAAGGAAGAAGAUAUUCCCAGCUGGCCUGUUCUCCUGUCUGGCUGGAUUCAUAGAGCCCGGGGAGACGAUCGAGGAGGCGGUGAGGAGGGAGGUGGAGGAGGAGAGCGGCGUGAAGGUCGGACCGGUUCAGUACGUCUCCUGCCAGCCCUGGCCGAUGCCCUCCAACCUCAUGAUCGGCUGCCUCGCUGUCGCCGUAUCAACGGACAUCAGAGUGGACGAGAACGAGAUCGAGGAGGCUCGAUGGUUCCCACGGCAACAGGUGAUUGACUCCAUGUUCAGAGGAACCCGUCCAGCCUUCACCAUCCCUCCCAGACAGACCAUUGCCCACCAGCUGAUCAGACACUGGAUCAGUAUGAACUCUAACCUCUGACCUCCAGCCUUUGGCACGUGACC